AAUUGAAUCUUUGUAAUUCAUGUUCUUAUUUCAUUUGUAUGAUACCAUACAUAAAGAGCUUUGAAUAGCGUUGAGUUUGUCAAGUGACAAAGAGCCACGUCGUAAUAGAUAUCAUUUUAAAAAUGAUGGAAAUUGAAUCUAUGACAAGAUAUGUCUCGCCGGUAAAUCCAGCUGUUUUUUCACUGCUUGCGAUAGUAUUACUUGGAAUUGGAAUAUUUUUCACAGCAUGGUUCUUCGUAUACGAAGUUACCAGCACCAAAUUCACAAGAGAUAUAUUCAAAGAAUUAUUAAUCUCUUUAGUAGCAGCUAUAUUUUCUGGAUUUGGUGUAUUAUUUUUACUCUUAUGCGUGGGAAUAUAUGUAUGAAUAUUUUAGUUUGAUCAAUGCGAAAGAAAAUAAAUACGUAACAUUCGUUGGAAUGACAAAAUAUAUUUAUAAAAUGAAAGAGCAGGAAAACUUAUCACAUGAAAUCCAUUAUUAUUAAUACGUUAAAUUAAAUAAAAAACAUUAUUGAGUAUCUUUUUUAUAUUA